UUUGUUUCUUUACCUGUGUCACCUUCAACUGGUCUAACUGCAGUAACAGUUUAGAGUGCUACAAGGAUUUAUUUAUUUAUUUAUUUUAAUUGCCAUCAUGUUUACUUGUUGGGGAAGAGAGGAUAAUGAUACUGAACCUAUGGAAACUUCUUACUAUUCCUGCGACUGGUUCUAUCAAGCAGUGUGUGGCAGUUGGCACAGAACUGAGGAUGAUCCGGUGAACCCCAUCAGCAGCUCAGAAAUGGAAAUGCUUUACUGUAGAGACCCACUUGGAAGUAUUACCUUCAACACAGCAGGAGGCAACUUCAGAAUUGACUUUGCUGGUUACUGGAAGACCAACAUAAGGACAGGACAGAGACAAAAAUUAAAACGCUCUUUCUCCACUGAUCAUAUUGAGAGAUGCAAAUGUAAAGACCAGGCUCCAUCUAUACCUGCUUACUGGGAGAACAUGGACCCUAAUGCACGUUUUAAGGCUUUUAAAGUGAGCUGGCAAACAAGUGAGUAUCAGAACGUGGAAAGAUAUGUGAGAGAAAUUGGACUACUGCAGGAACCCCUGAGAGUGCUGUAUAGAGUACAGAAUGUUGACCUCUGGGAGCUGUACUCCAGGAAAAAAAUCCAGCUGAUGAGGAUAAAAGGUCAGUCAGACAUUGAACAACGAUGGCUCUUCCAUGGCACAGGCAAAAACAAUGUGGAAAAUAUUUGCUUGUACAAUUUUGACUGCAGAAUAUCCGAGUCAAAAAGACAAGGUCAUGUUUUGGGCAAAGGUACAUACUUUGCCCUACAUGCAUCCUACGCAGACAAGUACAGUAGGAUUUUAAGCCAGGGAGUUAACGACACACGAAUAAUGUUCCUUGCGCGUGUGAUUGUUGGGAAGUACACAACUGGACGACCUGAUCUCUGCAAACCUGAUGGUGACCAAAUUGAAAAUAUACAUGACAGCUGUGUUGACAAUACAUUAUGUCCUAGGAUUUUUGUUGUCUUUAAUUCUGAUCAGAUAUAUCCUGAGUACGUGCUGGAGUAUGGUGGGUAAUAGGGUGAGAAAAUGAUUGCGGAAGACAGAGACAUUAUUUGCCUGUUGAUUUGGUGAUAUUGAACAUAGUUACAAAAUGGGGUCAUUUAGAUUUAUUUAGUGGUUUCAUAAAGAAGUAAGUUUAAUAGUCUGGAUUACAGAUAGUAUAAUUGUAGUGCAGGGGUCAUCAAGUAAAAUUUGUGAAUGUCUAGUUACAUAAAAUUUCUUACUCACAAAGAUCCAGAUAACCAGCUUAAAUAAGCUUAAAUAAUAUUGAUUAGUAAAAAUAUACAGCUGUUUUUAACUUAGGGGGAAGUAGGGGGAAAAUAUUGCACAUAUCUCUGCCCAUCCAUCUUUAAACAAUUGAAUCAAAACUUCCCGUUCUUUCUACUUUAGCUCACUCUGGUCUACAUAAACCACAACAGAGGGUCUGUUACAGAAGCCAAGCUGGUUGAUGAUUAGAACCAUUAACUUCAGCCUGCAGAGUUGUUUAACUAUAGCCAUUUUUUCAUUGGUUAGAUUGACACGCUCUUCAACGGUAUAUUCGCUUUUUUUAUUCGGUCAGGUGAAAUACUUUAUUGUGUCCAUAUCCGGACCGCAGUCUGCCAGUUGAUAUAGAGGGG